AUGCAGUUUGGGGAGGAGGCGACGGCAGAGCAAAUACCCAAUAAGGUUUGUGAUUUGGCCGAUUUCGACCCAGAAGUAUUCCGAGGCCACAGGAUAGUGGUUCUGAUACUAGCUACUACUGGGGAGGGAGACCCGACUGAUAACGCGGUGAAAUUUGAUAAGUAUAUUAACCAUAAGACUACUCCGAAAGAUGCUUUUUCGGGCCUCCAUUAUUGUAUCUUUGGACUUGGAGAUCUGAACUAUAUACAGUUUAAUGGGAUGGCUCGGCGGAGCGAUGCGGCCAUGCAACGAGUGGGUGCAACUAAAAUGCUGGAGAGAGGCAUUGGUGAUGACUGCCAAGACAUAGAGGAGGACUUCCGGAAGUGGAUCGACACCAGUGGGGUCUUCGAGAAGCUGAAAAAGGUCGCCAAGGACCUCCGCACCGCCGUCCCAUGUGAUGCUUUUCAAGUGGGUGCUGAUGGUGAAGGGAAGGAGGAGGAGGAUAUCGGGUGUAUAUAUGAGGGAUAUCCUAAGCUUGAUCAUCGAACUGAGCUCAUUGAUGGUGACGAUACUCUAUCAAAGGCAAUAUUCAAGUGCAGCAGAUCCAAGGUUGUAUCGUUGACCAAGAUGGGCUCUAGAGCGGUCCAUGUCGAUGUUGAGAUUCCAAAGGGAAUGAAAUACUCUACUGCUGACACCAUCGAAGUCCUCCCGACGAACUCUCGAGAGGAUAUUGAAUACUUUGUGGAAGCCUUCGGGCUAGCUGGCAAGCUCCAUCAUUGGGUCGAUUUCAAGCCUAUUGAUGGGAAAUGCCCUUUCCCUGUCCCAUCAACAAUCGGUCAUGUCCUGCUUUAUUACUUGGACCUACGAUCCCCUCCUAGCCGUCAGAUGAUCUCGGCCUUAGUCGGGUAUGAUCCUGCAUUGAAAGAAGUGGUCGGGCUCCAAAAGCAGAUGCAUUCUCCCAAUGUCCUGCGAUCUUCCGAAGCCGUCCGCACGGCCUUAGUGGAUGCGGUGAACUCUACCGAGCGUCCGGGUGUGGUGAUGAUAUGUGGGCAGACUACCAUGUGCAAGGAGGUUCUGGCUACGAUCCGCGAAGUAGUUGGUAAUGUCUCUAUUGAGAAGCUGCAGAAAGAACAUCGAAUUAUCGUUGAGUUCUUCGGCUAA